AGUGUUCUGCUGAAGUCGUCCCGCUCGAGGACUGCCUCCCUCGCGGAGGCGGCAGAGAAGAAAGGUCAAAGGUCACGACGAGUCAUGGCUCGCGCGUAUCAGAUGGCAAUGUUGGAAAGUUGGCCAGGCGGUGCAUGCCACUUCAAAAACAUUUGCCAUGACAAGCGAAGGAGUUUCGAACUGUUGCGGGGAAGCGGAGGAGAAGGAGGACGACAACGAGGACAUGGCCAUGGGAUGCUACGACGAUGACGAUGACGACGACUUCAGCGCGUUGACGGAGGGAAACCCCGAGUGGGGCUCGGAGGACGGAGUGCUGGGCUUCAACGAGGGGCUGAGCGGGGAGGUGAAGCCCCGUGUGCUGCUGAUGGGGCUGCGGCGGAGUGGCAAGUCGUCCAUCCAGAAGGUGGUGUUCCAUAAGAUGUCCCCCAACGAGACGCUGUUCCUGGAGAGCACCAACAAGAUCUGCCGCGAGGACGUCUCCAGCAGCUCCUUCGUCAGCUUCCAGAUCUGGGACUUCCCCGGGCAGAUUGACUUCUUCGACCCCACCUUCGACUACGAGAUGAUCUUCAGGGGCACCGGCGCGCUCAUCUUCGUCAUCGACUCGCAGGACGACUAUGUGGAGGCGCUGAGCAGACUGCACCUGACUGUGACCCGGGCAUACAAGGUCAACCCGGACAUCCACUUCGAGGUGUUCAUACACAAGGUGGACGGCCUGUCCGACGACCACAAGAUCGAGAAGCAGGGGGACAUCCGCAAGCGGGCCGGCGAUGACCUGGCCGACGCACGGCUUGAGAGGAUUCAUCUAAGCUUUUAUCUGACCAGCAUCUAUGACCACUCCAUAUUUGAAGCUUUCAGCAAAGUGGUGCAGAAGCUUAUCCCACAGCUGCCCACACUGGAGAACCUACUCAACAUCUUCAUAUCUAAUUCUGGCAUCGAGAAGGCCUUCCUGUUCGACGUUGUCAGCAAGAUCUACAUCGCCACAGACAGCUCCCCCGUAGACAUGCAGACCUACGAGCUGUGCUGCGACAUGAUCGACGUGGUCAUCGACAUCUCCUGCAUCUACGGCCUGGCCGAGGAGGAUCCAGCUGUCGGCUCGCCUUACGACAAAGACUCCAUGGCCAUCAUCCGUCUGAAUAACACCACUGUGGUGUACCUGAAGGAGGUCACCAAGUUCCUCGCCAUGGUCUGCUUCCUGCGAGAGGAGAGCUUUGAGAGGAAAGGACUCAUCGACUACAACUUCCAUUGUUUUAGAAAAGCCAUUCAAGAGGUGUUUGAUGUCCGUGUGGAGGUUCAGAAGAAUCGCAAGCUCUUAAGUCAGAGGAGGAGGAGCAAGCAAGCAACAGCCAAUGGUGUCGCCGGAAACCCUCAUUGAGACCCGCAAAUGACAACAACAACAACGACAACAAUAACACGUAUCUGUAUUUUAACUCUGAUUGGACAAUUCAAGACCAUGGAGUCUUCAGUGUGUUCCAAUUGGCUGUUGAUUUAGACAUGGUUUGGUCAAUGGAGAGAGGUAAGGCCAGAACUAGAUGUCCAAUACUCACAAGGGACCCCCCACUCCCCUCAGAGGUAUUGCUAGAUUUUUAAUACGGUUCUGCAGAACUGUAAAUAGAACCGCUGUAGUAAAACGUUUUUCACAUUGCUCAUGGGUAACACCAUCAACGUUUAUCCCGAAAAAAAAAUGUAAUGCCUCUAUUAUAAUACAAACAAAUCUACUCUUUCAUACCAGGAAAGGACGGUUUACUCUUAUUGUUGUGUUUGUAUUUAUUUAUUUAUUUUUCAUAAAAACGUCUUUUCAGUCAAGGCUUCCAUUCAAAACACAGUGGCCAAUGGCAUCGUUUCAUGUUUGUCCUUGUGCACCAUACAAUACAUGAAUGGUGAUUACUGUUUUGGCAGACGACUAGCUAUGCAUCAGGCUUAUACACAUCAUGUAGAUGUGGUGGCAGAGAAUCUGUGUUAAUGUAACUGAAGGAGAAAGGGAAGGGAUGGUCGGGCUGUGCUGUCGUCGAUCGGGUACAUCACAACGUGGUCGUGCAUACACAACUACGGGAAAGACGAGAACACUUGAAUCACAACAAUCCCGAGUUUACCAAAGAAAGGAAGUAGGUGCUUACAAAAGAUUUUUUAUUUUACUUUACUCUCCCCUAUUUGGGUCCCAUGCACAUUUUGUGUGCCUUUGUCAAGUGAUAUUGAGCAAAGAAUUGAAUUACUUUGGAUUGUUAUAACACAAACUUUCAUCUUGUUUCAUUAAUUUAAAGCUUUUGUUGUCACAUUGGCAUCCCUAUCGACCUUGGGCUAAUGUAUUUUCUGCUAGGGCAACUCAUUGCUUCUGAAACCUUUUGCUUUCUUUCCAAUCAGUCCUGUGCGAUUUAACAAUAUUCGGGAAGUGAGGAAUCGCUACGUUAACAACGAUUAUAAACAGAUCCUGUCCAAAUCAA